AUGAGCGAUAAAAGUGACGAUGUGGAGAAAACAUCGAAAGAAAUGGAUAGGUCCAACAAAAACCGAAUAAAAAGUAUCUCAGAUGAUAAACGCCAAGAUAAAAACGAAGGACAAGUAAACGCCGGAAUCAUGACCCGGGCACAAAGAAAGAAAUCUGAAUUUAAUACGAGCAUACAGGGUGAGUCGGUUAAUUUUAAUAAUUAUGAAGAAAUAAAUAUAUUAGAAGAUAAAGAUGAUACAAAUACCUUAGUCAAUCAAAGCACAGAUGAAUUAUUUAGGCCUCGGAGUUCCUUAACAAGGACACCACCUAACGGAAUUACCGAAAGUAUAGGAAAAGUGGAAAACGAACCACAAUUGUCUAAAAAAAGAGCACGAGCUGACUCUAGCCCCGCAAACUUAGAAAGAUUGAAAAUGUUAAAAGAGACAGAAAAAACACAAGUUCCAAAAGAACGCGUAGAAAAUAACGAAAUAAUUACGCACCAUAAUGAAGUUCAUACUACCAAUAUGAUAGAUGACAUUAUGAACUCGUUAGAGAUUUUACACGACUUUCUAGAGAACAACGAAACAUCGGAAACGAAAAAGAAGAAGGAAACGGAAGCCAAGUCUGCGUUGUUUAAGACACAUAAAUGCGUCACUGCCCUUGCUUACAGAAUAGGAUACCUGGAAAAUGAAAUAAAGCAUCUUACUAGAACUCAAAUUCAAACUCCUACAAUGCCAAUCCCUGAGUUAUCUAGCGAGUCAACAACAGCCAACAUAUUUACAGAAAAGACCUACUCAAUGGUUGCCCAGAGAAAGCACGAAGAUAGAACAACGCAAAAUACUAUCACCGAGUGGAAAACUCCGCCAAAGCAAGAUAAACACGAAAUAUUAAUUAAAAUUCAGGAAGAAAAAAAUGCAAAAGUGGUACUAAGUGAAAUAAAACAAAGUCUUCUUAAAAAUAAUGUCAAUGAAACUAUUAAAAGUGUAAACCAAUUACAAAGUGGUGGAGUGAUUAUGCAAUGUAAUAGUGCUGACCAACAAAAAAAGAUUAAAGAAGCACUAGGAAGUUCAGGAAAUUUCCUAAUAAAAGAAAAUAAUGAUACAGAUCCAAUGCUGAUGAUAACAGGAAUUACGAAGGGAUAUGAACCACUUGAAUUUAUAAACGAAUUAGUGGAACAAAAUUCAGACAUUAAAAUAAGUCUUGGAGAAUCUGUCAUGUCAAAAAUAAGAUUUGUCACAAAAAAAGAUUGUAGAAAUAAUCGGAGAGAAAACUGGAUUUUACAAAUGCCGCCUGAUAUUUUCAAGUGGUUCAUACAAAAUGAAAAAAUUAGCUUUGACUUGACCAAGAAUGAGGAUGCUUUAUUAUGUGAUUAUUUCGAUAAUCAAAAACAAUUAGACAAUGACAAGAACGAUCCCCAAAGCCUGUUAGAUGCUAAUAUAAGUCUCACAUUUGAAAUACCAAAAACCAAUAUUAUAGAUCCAAUUGACAACUUUACCGAUGCUACAGAAUUUGACUUCCCGGAACACAAUCAAUCUUCUUUUAAUAAAAAUUAUGGGCUAAACAAAUCAGAUGCUGAAACAGAAAACGAAUCAUUAAAUAUAUUGGAUAAAUAA